AUGCCCGCGGGGCCCGCGUCGCGGCAUGGGCCAGGGGCAGCUGCCCUUCCCGCGGCGCUCUGCGCGAAGGCCCCUGGCUGGAAGGCGCGGCUCGCUCGCCUCAUCCCCGCCGCGGCGCGCGCCGCCAUGGCCCGCAGGCUCGCGCUGCUGGCGGCGGCCCUGCGGCCGCACCGCGCCUCCGUGGCCGCCGGCUCGCCCGUGCCCCGCGCGCUGGCGGAGACGGCGCCGGAGGUGCCGCAGGUGUCGGAGCUCUGGGCUGGCAGCACCUGCUCCGACCUGCACUACGAGUACGACGGCAUCUUCCCGCACGGCAACCGCAACGCUGCCUCCCACCUGUGGAGCUGGUUUCUCCUGGAGCGCGCCGAGCAGAUGACCUCUGAGAAGCUGGUGGACAUGUUCAGGUGCUUUUGCGCCGUCAGUGGCUCACCCACGCGGCCGAGCGAUUUCAACCGCUACAAGUUGACGCUGCCGAAAGCGGAUGGCUCGGGGACCCAUGCUGGCUUCAUGCACUAUUGUUGCUGGCCCUGCGUGUGCGACACGCAGGACUUCAUGAAGGUGGACACCAGAACCGUCAAGACUGCAGAUGGUGAGCGCACGUACCAUUUCACCGUUCUGGGGAAUCCUUGCGAGCAUCCAGAAGAGCUGAAGAAGCCCUUCCAGGAUGGCUUCAUGCAGGGCGACGUCACCCUGGCGAUGACGGCCCCCGAAAUUAGCUGCGACUCGGAUGGCGCCCUGCACAAGGCCCCGCUGAGCGACAACGGGUACGUCAUCAUCGGCAUGCUCUUCGACUUCCCGGACGGCGCCGACCCCGCCUGGGACUCCGACGAGCCCGUGCCCGGCCGCGUCACCACCAGGGGCGGAGUCAGGUACCAGGACGAGGCCGAGUACUCCUCCCUGUGCCGGGAGCGGGCAGCCAAUGGGUACGACUCCGGCAUGGGCGAGAUCUUCCGGCGGGUGGCCGGCAUCACGCCCGUCGCCGCCGUCGGCGGCGAGAUCCACCAGUGACGCGCCCCCGCCGGGGGCAAAGCGUUGAGUCGGGCAUGUCUCUCUACAGGAGAUUUCAAACAUUUUUCGAAAAGCUGGUCCUCCCCUCUGCGUUGGCCAGCGCCUGCGCGGGCCCGUGCCUGCACGACGACGUGGUCCGUCCCUGCCCGGGCAGAGAGGCCGGCGCGGCACGCGGGAAGCGCGCCCGAGCGGCCAAGUGGCCGAGCGGCCAGCGCGGCGCGCAGUUGGCGCUGCUGUCUCUGCCUGGGGCUGGUGCGGCGCAUGUACAGCACGGUCGUGCCAUGA